AUGUCGUCUUCAAGUUCCGAUUCGGGAGCAUCAUCUAUCGCCAAUCAACGCCAGCGAAACGAACUUUUCAAAGAGAAUACUCAGUACACAAACCAGAUGAAUGACAUGAUCUCGCUGGUUUCAACGAUUGAUGUAAAGGCAGAUGACGCUUUCGACAAUGAAUACUCCGCAAAUCGGCUUUUUAUUUCAAACUUUCCCUUCAGUUGGACCGAAAAAGAUUUGAGGGAUUUCUUGAAAGAUUUUGAACCAGUAGCUGAGGUGGAAAUUGUCUACAACGAGCGUGGGAGCAAGGGUUUUGGUUUCGUGACAAUCAAUGACGCGAAAAAAUGCAUGGAUGCUCGCGCCUUUUUGAAUCAUAAAAUUGUCAACGGUCGACGGGUUGAAGUUCGCCGUGCACAUAAGCAUAAGCGAGCGAUGAAUUCUGGCUCAACAAAGCAAAACUAUCAGCAGCAACUUCAGAAUUUGAACAGCAUGCUUCAACAAACGGCACUACUGCAAGCAACGCUUAUGCAACCUGGUCUUCUCAAUUUGCUACAACAGCAACUAAUGGUUCCAAACCCUGUUGCGAAACACCCUGGAGUAUCCGCUUCAGCUAUAGAUCUUGCGUCACUCAUUCAAAAAGCGCCAACAACUUUAAGAAAUCCGUAUUCCCUACGGAAUCAAAACUAUCAAUACACUAUGCAGAACGCCGAAAGGGUUGAGCAAAUGUACCCCUCGAUGAAUGUUGGGGCAAGCUCGUCAGCAUCGGUAGAAAGUUCGUCGGGAAGUUCGGCUUCUUCGCCGCUCUCCUUCGAUCCUUCUGGAGAUACUCAGCUGAAUAGCUUCAGUGGCGGAAUCGAUGCAUUCAAGGCUCCAACAUAUGAAGCAAAUCUCUAUGUUAACCAGGGUCUAUUUGAUGCGGGUACUUACAAUGCGCUGUCUCAAUACAAUCGCUCAGUUUCGCUACUCGGUCAUUUUUAUUUUUUGCUCUGCUCAGCCAUA